CUUGCGCGCAGAAAACGUAAUCCACGUCCUGAGUUUGAAUUAGAAGGUUGUGUUACUUAGAAGUGUAUGAACAGUUAAGUGAGUGCUAUCAAGUGAUUUUUGUAUUUUUACUUUGUUUUAGUGCAGUGAACUAGUUUUUCAUACCAGUCGUCGCUCGCGGAUGAAUACAUAACUCUGACGUCACCACCAGCUUCUACUAUUCAAAGUAUUUUGAGUAGCCGGUGCAGUGGCAGUGUGGCGUUUGUAGUUUUACCGGUCUUGUUUAUUAGUCUGUAGUACAUCUAACGAAAUGGCUGACCAGCUGACUGAAGAACAGAUUGCUGAAUUCAAGGAGGCGUUUUCCUUGUUCGACAAGGACGGUGAUGGCACAAUAACAACCAAGGAAUUAGGAACUGUCAUGAGAUCGUUAGGACAAAAUCCUACAGAAGCUGAGCUUCAAGACAUGAUCAACGAAGUUGAUGCUGACGGUAACGGGACAAUUGACUUCCCGGAGUUCCUGACAAUGAUGGCCCGAAAGAUGAAAGACACGGACAGUGAAGAAGAAAUUCGAGAAGCGUUCCGAGUGUUUGAUAAGGACGGUAAUGGUUUUAUCAGUGCGGCAGAGUUAAGGCAUGUUAUGACCAACCUCGGUGAAAAACUAACAGACGAAGAGGUUGAUGAAAUGAUCAGAGAAGCAGAUAUUGACGGUGAUGGUCAAGUAAAUUAUGAAGAAUUCGUUACCAUGAUGACAUCUAAGUGAGGCGUUGUGGGUGAAUUAAGUGCGAUCAGACCUGCAUUUCUGCUUUCAAUUCUAACACUACAAUGAAUUGGAAAUGAGAGUAGCAAAACACAAACACUAAAGUGAGCUUUGAUGUUUUCAGUGGUUAUAAGUGAACAACUUUAAUAUGUACGUGUACAUUUUUGUAAAAAAUACUGUUAUAUAUGGUACAUUAUCUUUUAACUGUGCAAACUGUGUCCGUAAGUUAGCAGCGAGUGAUUCCCAUACCCACUUAGGAGUCUAUCUUACCAUGGCUCCUCCUUAGUAAUCUUAGGAGUGUUAGGGUCAUUCACAUUCCUUAAACGAUCCCAUGGCAAUUAAAUUGGUGGUAUUUUUAAGUUACAAAAUUGUCAUUUAAAAAGACAUUAAACGUGUUUUUCUUCUUUAA